AUGAGAAUCGACGAAACGUCGACCCCGGAUCUGCGGCAAAACCACCAUGAAUCUCAAUCUGAGCUCCAUCACAACCUUCUACUCUCCCAAAUCGAGUCCUCAAUCAAGCAAGCGGAGAAUCAAUCGCCGGAAAAGCCAUUGCCAGACUCAAUAUCCGACGACCUCAGGCGAAACCUGAAUCAACUUAGUCAAUCGGCACCUUUCCCUGACUCGGUCAAGCUCCACGUUUGGAAGCUCAGCUAUCGCCUCUGGAACGCCUGCGUCGACCUCUCCAAUGCCGCUUCCAUCCGCUCUCGUUCUCCUUCUUCCUCUUCUACCUCCAGAUUUGUCCUCACCGAAGGUCACGCCAAGCUCCGCCACGUCGCCGCCGAUCUCCUCGCCGUCGCCGGAGGAAUCGCUGGAGUACCGUCCCCGGAUAUCAAGUCCGCUUCGUUUUACCACAAAACCGGCGUGAUCUGGCACGAGCUCCGAAAAUUCGAGCUCGCUUCGACCUGCUUUGAGAAAGCUACGGAUCUGGUGUCGAAGCUUGACGCGAGUGCGAUAUCCGGUACAGAAGAGCGAAAGCUAUUGCUGGAUCUGAGCAUCGCUAGGUCUCGGACUGCCUGGGAAGUGUCCGACCGAAAUCUGGCCGUCGCGUUGCUGAAUCGCGCCAAGGAUUUCUUAUUCGGGUCGCCUGAGCACCAAAAAGCUCUUGCGAACCAGUAUUUAGCGUUCGGGAAGAGCAUUUUGUCCAAGGGUGAGAACGGUGCUUUGAAUGAAGCCUUGAGGCUUAUGAACGAGGCUCUGGAUCUGUACGAGAGAGGACUGCGUGGAGCAAGAACUCGGGAGGAUAGGCUCGAGCUCGAGGAGUUGAAAUCAAAGACGCUUCGUUUCAUCUCGGCCGUUCAUCUUCAGAUGGGAGAGUUCGAGAGUGUUAUCAAGUGUGUGAAGGUGUUGAGAGAGGGGGACAAUGAGGAUCGCCAUCCGAGCCUGCCUGUACUGGCCAUGAAAGCGUGGCUGGGUUUGCAAAGGUAUGCUGAGGCGGAGAAAGAGCUGAGGGGCAUGGUGCUAAGUAAGGGAAUUCCGGAGGGCAUUUGGAUUUCUGCCCUAGAGACCUACUUUCAAGCAGCAGGGACUGCUGGAGCAGAAACGGCAAAGGAUGUAUUCUUGGGGCUGUUGGGGCGGUGCCAUGUUAGUGCCAGUGCGGCUGUUAGGUUGGCUCACAGAGUAGUAGGGAGUGAUGGUAGCUGCGGCAAGGGGUUGAAGGUGAGGGCUAAAGUGGCAGCGGAGCUCGUGUCAGAUGAGAGAGUGGUAGCACUCUUCUCCGGUGAGGCAGUUGCAAAGCAGAGAAUGGCGAUGCACGCAGUGUUAUGGAAUUGUGCUGCAGAUCAUUUUCAUUCAAAAGAUUAUAAAACGAGUGCAGAAAUGUUCGAAAAAUCAAUGCUUUAUAUCCCAUAUGAUAUAGAGAAUAGAGUAUUUCGAGGCAAGGGCUAUAGAGUGUUGUGUCUCUGCCACCUUGGUCUCUCUCGGCUUGACCAAGCUCUAGAAUACAUAAACGAGGCUGAAAAGCUUGAACCCAACAUAGCUUCUGCGUUCCUGAAGUUCAAAAUCUAUCUGCAAAAGAACGACCACAGUGGUGCUAUUAAUCAGAUUCAAGCAAUGACUACGUGCCUUGAUUUUAGCCCGGACUUUCUCUCCCUCUCAGCCCAUGAGGCCAUUGCUUGCCACGUUCUUCCUGUGGCUAUUGCCGCUUUGUCAAAUCUCCUUAACUUUUAUGUCACUGGAAAAUCCAUGCCAACAACAGAAGUUGUUGUUCUACGCACGUUGGUGACAAUCCUAAGUCAAGAACCAGGCAAUGAACUGGAAGUCCUCAAGUUUGUAAAACAGGCUUACAACCGAGCAUCCGAACUUGGGCCUGAUUGCUUCUUUGGAAAAGGGGAAAUUGGAAGACGGGAAUGGAAUUGACGGGAAUGGAAUUGGUUUGCCGUGAGCUCAUGGAACUUUGGGAUAAAAAAUGGGAAGGAGAUGAACUUUCAAUUAUGUGCCGAUUUCUUGAGAUUGGCAUCAGAACUUUACGGUCUUCCGAUUGAUGGGCAAGCAGAAGAAAAUGAUAUUAUGGUAUGCAAAUCGCUAAUACUGAGUGUGUCUGCCACGAUAGCUUUGGAGAAUCGGAAGAAGGUUGCGUUAACUGACACGGAAGUGAAACAGGCCGUGGAACUACUAGAUAGAGCAGGAAAGUCAAUCUCAACAGGCUCUCAGCUUAACGACGAUCAAAUUACCAGCUUUGAGACAGAUCUCUUCUUCGUGUACACCCUCUGCGCCUAUGAUGUACAAGGAAGACUCAAUGAUUUAGGAUCACAACUACUACUAGUGAAAAAUUUCGCGAGUUCUAAGGCUUGCAGCCCCAAGUACCUCCUUCAGAUUGGCCUCAAUGCCUUGCAGGGUCCUCGGCAUAAUCAUGAAGUAGCUGCCUUUGUUCUAAAUGAGUGCCUCUCGGCUCUCCUUUCUUCUCCCUCACCGGAGUACCAAAGUGUGGCUCUCAUCGUCCGGAAGCUCAUAGCAGUAGCUAACGUUCGCAGAGGGGAGGCGGACGAUGAUGCUGUUUAUGGCAUGUACAAGCAAGCUUACCGAAUAAUGGUGGGUUUGAAAGACGGCGAGUACCCCAUUGAAGAGGGAAAAUGGCUGGCUACGACUGCUUGGAACAGGGCAGCGUUGCCUGUGAGGCUAGGCCAGAUUGAUGUGGCCAAAAAAUGGAUGAGCGUUGGUUUGGAACUUGCUAUGCAUGUCCCAGGAAUGGAGGGUUACAGAGCAUCCAUGGAGGAUUUUGUUAGUGGCUUUGAAAAGGAACUUUGUGCGCAAAGUAUAGAUAAAAAUAUGCCUAAAUAG